GGCCCACGCCCCGCCCCGCGCCGCCGGAAGUGAGGUGUCUCACCCCCGAAGUUCCGGCUCGCAGGGGGUGGGGAGUGUUGUUAACCGGGGCCGCCUCCGCAGUCGCGGGGAUUGAGCGGGCUCGCGGCGCUGGGCUCCUGGUCUCCAGGCCAGGGCAAUGUUCCGCACCGCCGUGAUGAUGGCGGCCAGCCUGGCGCUGACCGGGGCUGUGGUGGCUCAUGCCUACUACCUCAAGCACCAGUUCUACCCCACGGUGGUGUACUUGACCAAGUCCAGCCCCAGCAUGGCGGUCCUGUACAUCCAGGCCUUCGUCCUCGUCUUCCUCUUGGGCAAGGUGAUGGGCAAGGUGUUCUUUGGACAGCUGAGGGCUGCAGAGAUGGAGCACCUUCUGGAACGUUCCUGGUAUGCUGUCACCGAGACUUGUCUGGCCUUCACCGUCUUUCGGGAUGACUUCAGCCCCCGCUUUGUUGCGCUCUUCACUCUCCUUCUCUUCCUCAAGUGUUUUCACUGGCUGGCUGAGGACCGUGUGGACUUUAUGGAACGCAGCCCCAAUAUCUCCUGGCUCUUUCACUGCCGCAUUGUCUCCCUUAUGUUCCUCUUGGGCAUCCUGGACUUCCUCUUCGUCAGCCAUGCCUAUCACAGCAUCCUGACCCGUGGGGCUUCUGUGCAGCUGGUGUUUGGCUUUGAGUACGCCAUCCUGAUGACUAUGGUGCUCACCAUCUUCAUCAAGUACGUGCUGCACUCAGUGGACCUCCAGAGCGAGAACCCCUGGGACAAUAAGGCCGUGUACAUGCUCUACACAGAGCUCUUUACAGGCUUCAUCAAAGUUUUGCUGUACAUGGCUUUCAUGACCAUCAUGAUCAAGGUGCACACCUUCCCUCUCUUUGCCAUCCGGCCUAUGUACCUGGCUAUGAGGCAGUUCAAGAAAGCUGUGACAGACGCCAUCAUGUCUCGCCGGGCCAUCCGCAACAUGAACACACUGUAUCCAGAUGCCACCCCAGAGGAACUCCAGGCAAUGGACAAUGUUUGCAUCAUUUGCCGAGAAGAGAUGGUGACUGGUGCCAAGAGACUGCCCUGCAACCACAUUUUCCACACCAGCUGCCUGCGCUCCUGGUUCCAGCGGCAGCAGACCUGCCCUACGUGCCGCAUGGACGUCCUUCGGGCAUCACUGCCGACGCAGUCACCACCGCCCCCUGAACCUGCGGAUCAGGGGCCACCACCUGCCCCCCACCCUCCACCACUCCUGCCCCAGCCCCCUAAUUUCCCCCAGGGCCUCCUGCCUCCCUUUCCUCCAGGCAUGUUCCCGCUGUGGCCCCCCAUGGGCCCCUUUCCACCCGUCCCACCUCCUCCCAGCUCAGGAGAGGCUGUGGCCCCUCCAUCCACCAGUGCAGCAGCACUUUCUCGGCCCAGUGGAGCAGCCACAACCACAGCUGCCUCUGCGCCGGCACCUGGCUCUGCCCCCGCCCCCGAGGCCGGCCCCGCCCCCGGCUUCCCCUUCCCCCCUCCCUGGAUGGGCAUGCCUCUGCCUCCACCCUUUGCCUUCCCCCCGAUGCCCGUGCCCCCUGCGGGCUUUGCUGGGCUGACCCCAGAGGAGCUGCGGGCUCUGGAAGGCCAUGAGCGCCAGCACCUGGAGGCUCGGCUGCAGAGUCUGCGCAACAUCCACACGCUGCUGGACGCCGCCAUGCUGCAGAUCAACCAGUACCUCACCGUGCUCGCGUCCUUGGGGCCCCCCCGGCCUGCCACCUCCGUCAACCCCACUGAGGAGACUGCCCCUUCUGUUGUCACUGCUGCCUCCUCCACCAGCAUCCCCAGCUCUGAGGCCACAACCCCGUCCCCAGGAGCCUCCUCACCAGCCUCUGAACCCGAAAAGCCUCCAGGUACACCUGAGUCACUGGGCUCCGAAGAGCUGCCUGAGGAUGGGGAACCUGAUGCAGCAGAGCUCCGCCGCCGUCGCCUGCAAAAGUUGGAGUCCCCCGUUGCCCACUGACACUGCCCUGGUCCUGUUCCCUGCCCCCACUUUUGAGCAGCCCUUGCUGGAACAUGUCCUGCCACCAAGUGCCAGCUCCCUCUGUAUCUGCACCAGGGAGUAGUAACCUUCAGCUCUGAGACAGAGGAGGUGGCAGCCCUUAGGCCAAGUGGAAAAAGGCCUGAGGCCCCAGAUGACUCCAGCCCUUACUGUCCCGGGCAGCCGUGGAGAUCUUGGGUCACUUCCAGCCUUCCCUCCUACCCUCCAGCCCUGAGUUCUGCAGGGCCGUGAAGGCAGAAAGGUGCAGCCUCUGCGAAGCCCUCUGCGCCCUCCCUGCCUCUGGGAGAAGGGGCAGCCCCUCUGAGCCACACUUGUGUGUGUGGAGUCACGCUGCAGUGCCAAACAGUAUUAGCUCCCUCCCAUCCCCAAGUGUGGACUCAAGGGCCUGGAGGCAGGCCAGGAACUUGCUCCCUGGCCCCCUCCAAGACUGGUACCCACGUCCUUUUCUCACCCUAAACUUCCCAGAAGCCCUUUGUGGUGGUGGCUGUGCCCCUUAUGCCCUGUGGCAUUUACAUGUCUUAUCAGCAACCACACAACUCAGGGAAAGGAGCCCCUGGGGGUGGAGGAGCAGGUGGGCAGGGCUGAGGGACCCGGCCCUGCCCCUCCCCCCAGGCCCCUCUCUCCCUGCUGUGUGUCUAGGAGGAGACUGUCCCUGGUCCCCCCCAGCAGCCACUGCCCAGCUUCACUCCAGGCUGAGGGCUUGUGUGUCUGCUCCAGAACCACUGCAAGCCCCAUAAUCCACGGAAGGCCACUUCUCAACUUUUUCUGAGUUUAGAAUUGGAAUUACUUCCUUGCUAUUGUCUUUUGGCUUAAAUUUUGUCUUUGAAUUUGAAUGCUUGACCCCAGGAAGGAGGAGCAAGAGUGCCAGGCUCCUGGUCUUUUAGUUUAGAAAAGGCUCUGGGCCAGGCAGGGACCACAGGAGCCGAGGCCUGCCUGUCCCCGUCUUUUCCCCCUUGGUUUUGUGUUACAAGAGUUGCUGGAGACAGUUUGAGAUGAUUAUUUAAUUUGUAAAUAUUGUACAAAUUUUAAUAGCUUAAAUUGUAUAUACAGCCAAAUAAAAACUUGCAUUAACGAUU